AACAUCGAUGGUUUCUCUAGUAACCAGAAACAAAAAAAAUUAGAUAUAUAUUUGUGUAAUUCGUUCUUUCGUUACUACAAUGGGAAAACUCAAAAGUCUGUAUAUACAACUAGAAAAUCCAAAAGCUGAAUACCGAUCAGGGCAAAUAAUAAAUGGAAGUCUUGUUAUGGAAUCAUCCAAAGAAAUGAUAGUAAAAGACAUACGAGUGACGUUUAAAGGUUUCGCUGAAGUUCUAUGGAUGAUAGUUGGACGACUGGGUGAAAGAUCAUAUACCUCUUAUUAUACAGCCUCCGAACUUUAUCUGGACCAAACUGUUCCAUUAUAUGGAAAAGGUGCAGGGGUGGGAAAUAAAAACUAUAUUCCGCCAGGCAAAUACGUGUAUCCAUUUUCUUUUGCACUUCCACAAAACUUGCCAUCAUCAUUUCAAGGAUAUCACGGUUUCGUGCGAUAUAUUGUGUCAGGCACAAUUGAAAAGUCUAUGAAAAAGAAAUAUGAAGCUGAACAUCAGUUGAUUAUUAUUGCAGACUUAGAUUUGAACGAAGUUCCAAAUGCAGCUUGUAUGACUGAAAAAGAGGAAGAUAAAUACAUAUGCUGCUUAUGCUGUAUGUCAGGACCAAUAACUUGCAAAUUGACGACAGACAAACUUGGAUAUAUCCCUGGAGAAACAAUUUCUUUUCAUGUGGAAAUUCAAAAUUUCAGUGGAAAAAUUUGCAAAAAUUAUGUCAAAUUUUAUUGGAUAUCUACUUAUCGUUCCAAGAAAUCAUUCAUUACGUCAGUAGAAAUAAUUGAGAAAGUGAAGCACAGAAGAGUACAGUCGGGACGUUCCGAAUCCUGGACAGGAAAUUUAUCUAUUGCUCUAAAAUCACCCAUAUCAAAUCUUGAAGGAUGUUCAAUAAUAGACAUCGACUACUAUGUAGAACUUGUUGUUGUUCCGAUUAACUCGUUUGAGAAAAAUAUCCAUGUCCCCAUCAAGAUAAUCAUCGGGACAACGCCAUUAAAGAUGGAUAAUAAGAGAGGUCAACUAAUGUCUGGGUUGUCAACAUUUGAAUUGGAAGUUCCCGGUGAUCUUCGACUACAAUCAAUACACCCAACGGCAAGAAAGUCCGAGAUCUUUAACAUAGAAUCUUCGCCUUUCCAUGAGAGAAUAUUUGGUUCUGAAGAUAUGAAUGAUGAAGAUGAUGAUCGCAGGAGACGAUACGAUUGGUCAGAUUAAUAAACCGUUAAGAACAAAAAAGCUGGUUUGAAUUAACUACUAUGAAACUGAAAUUUUUGUAUUUUUAUCUCUGUUAUUUUUU